AUGGCUGACUUUGACACUUCGAAAAAAUACCAGGAUCAGGAAGAGAUAUUUUUCGAUGAUGGCCGAGAAAUUGAGUUGUUACAUUUUAUAUACAAAAAGCCCAACAUUGAAGAGAUCAGAAACUCUCCGGUCAAACUUCUGGCAGCUAUUGAUGAGUUUGCCCGGACUCGGAAAUACCUGAUGAACGUUGGAGAGGACAAAGGACGAAUCGUUAGCGAUCUGAUAGCCGAAGUGAAACCACAGGUGAUGGUAGAAUUAGGUGGAUAUGUUGGAUACUCAUCUAUCUUGUUUGGCGACGCAGUACGAAGGGCUGGUGGCAAGAAGUAUUUUUCCCUCGAAAGAAACCCCGAGUUUGCUGCGGUGAUUGCGUCGUUGGUUGAUCUCGCCGGGUUGGGCGAUGUGGUAACAGUCAUUGUGGGAUCCAGCGACGCCUCGAUAAAACGACUACACUCGACUGGUGCGCUGUCUCAUAUCGACAUGAUGUUUCUAGACCACUACAAGCCCGCGUACACAACGGAUUUGAAAUUAUGCGAGGAGUUGGACCUGAUUACCCCAGGUUCAGUUUUGGUCGCUGACAAUGUGAUCAAGCCUGGAAACCCCCCUUAUCUAGAAUAUGUUAGAAGCACGGUGGAUCAGAAGCAGAAAGCAGCCAAGGCGGAAACAGUCAACGGCGUCGACACUCGCUUCGCCGACAGAACGUCAAAACAGUACGUGAAGCGAGAGGGGGAGGCCACAUUGGACGAAACCCGAGUGGGAAAUCCUUCUCUCGUCUAUGACAGUAUGCUCAUCAACAGUUUUGAGCCGUCGGGUGUUCCUGUGAGUGCGAGAUGGUACUUUGGAGAAAGAAUUGUCAUUACUAACGAUUUGAUGUCUCUUUUUCAGGAUGGGGUAGAAAUCACAAGAUGUAUAAAAGUUGCGUAA